AUGGUGCGUCCCUCAACGCCACCGCCAAACCCGGCAACGGCGCCGCUACCCGCCAGAACCCCUCCAACACCAGCAGCAAUCCGUCGCAUGGAAGAAUCUCGCCUCAAAGCAAAAGCAAUCCGCGACCGCCGCGAUGCCGAACUUGCCGCCUCAGGCGCAAUCCCGACUCCCAAAACCGCCUCGGGCUUCGUAGCCACCAACGACGUUCACAUCACCAACGCCGGCGCCUCCCAAGCGACAGACAUUUCCCGCAAACGCCCACACUCUUCCAUCUCGACGACAAAUCCUGCAGCAGCAGCAGCAGCAGCAGAAUCACACCCCUCAACGAACCGCGAUGCCCGCGACACAAACGCCGCCCCGCGCCCGGCGCGCAACUUUGCCAAAUUCGUCGACUACAACAUGUCCGCCAUGACGGAUACAAAAGGCGGCUUCCUCACCGCAGAAGACGACCCGCACAACACGGCCCUCGUCCCCAAAGCAAAACCGGGCGGCCCGCCCCAGGAAGAGAAACCGAAAGGCAUGUCCUCGCAGGAAUGGGAACGCCUCCAGCUCCUCAAGAAACUCCGCCGGCAGAAAGCGGGACCCUUUGAGCCGGGCCUCAGCGUCCUCGCCGACGCCACCAUGCGCAAGAAGUGCGCCGACUGCUCCUCGUACGAAAUCGACUUUGUCUGGGACGAGAUCUUUGGUAUCCAGGUCUGCCACGCCUGCAAGGACAAGCUGCCCGACAAAUACUCGCUCCUCACAAAGACGGAAUGUAAAGAGGACUACCUCCUCACCGACGAGGAACUCAAAGACGCCGAUCUCCUCCCCCACCUCUCCCGACCGAACCCGCACAAGUCGCACUGGCACGACAUGAUGCUGUUCCUCCGGAUGCAGGUCGAAGAGUACGCCUUCACCACGAAAUGGGGCUCCGCCGAGAAGCUCGACGCCGAGUUCGCCAAGCGCGAGGCCGACAAGAAGAGGCGCAAGGAGGCCAAGUUCAGGGACAAGCUCAACGACCUCAAGCGAAAGACCAGGACCGAGGCCAUUCGCAGACAGCAGGCCACCACGGCCGCCGGCGCGGGACCGAGAAAGUUUGGAGACUCGGUUGGCGGUGGCAAGCACGUUCACGAUUGGGGACGAGCGGUGGAGAACGAGGAGGGUAUGACGGUGAAGAAGUGUAAUGGAUGUGGUAUGGAGGUCGAGGAGCUGGAAUUCUAG